UUAACUGAGAAGCGAGGGCAGGCCUGGGUCUCUCUGGUACAGCGAGAGAGAAAGAGAGAGAGAGGCAGAAAAGAAUCAGACACCAGAGACUGAGGGAGUGUCAGUGGGAGUCCCUGAUCUGCACAACGCAGACGACUCUGCAAUAGAAACAGCAGUCAGUGAGUUGAACUGGGGCCUUUUUAAGUGCUCUUUGAUUCCAGGACUGCAGUGACAGUCCCUGUCAUUCAUUCCUUUUGCCGUUUCACGUUUUGACUGGACCGUGGAUCUUGGUCAGGAACCGACCCCAACAAAUAAUGAUGCUGCUACGUCUGGGCGUGGUCCACGGGGGGCGGAGCCUACUGGAGCUCCAUCGGAUUGGACAUCUGCACCGCUCAGCCCACACUGCCACAAAGUUGGAGUACAGGCCCAUCAAGAAGGUCCUGGUCGCCAACAGAGGCGAGAUCGCCAUCCGGGUGUUUAGGGCCUGCACGGAGCUGGGCAUCCGCACGGUGGCGGUGUACUCCGAGCAGGACACGGGACAGAUGCACAGGCAGAAGGCGGAUGAGGGCUACCUCAUCGGGAAGGGCUUGGCACCCGUGGCUGCCUACCUGCACAUACCUGAUAUCAUCAGAGUCGCUAAGGUCAACAACGUGGACGCCAUUCACCCCGGGUACGGCUUCCUGUCGGAGCGCGCGGACUUCGCGCAGGCGUGCGCCGACGCGGGGGUCCGCUUCAUCGGGCCCACCCCCGAGGUCGUGCGCAAGAUGGGGGACAAAGUGGAGGCCCGAGCCAUCGCCAUCCGGGCCGGCGUGCCGGUGGUCCCGGGGACGGACGGGCCCAUCUCCUCUCUGAAGGAGGCCCGGGAGUUCGCCGACACCUACGGCUUCCCCGUCAUCUUCAAGGCGGCCUACGGGGGCGGCGGGCGCGGCAUGCGGGUCGUCCGGGAGCCUGAGGAGCUCGAGGAGAACUAUCAGCGGGCGUACUCCGAGGCCUUGACUGCGUUCGGAAACGGCGCCCUCUUCGUGGAGAAAUUCAUCGAGAAGCCGCGGCACAUCGAAGUGCAGAUCCUGGGUGAUAAGUACGGGAACGUGACUCAUCUGUACGAGAGGGACUGCUCCAUCCAGAGAAGGCACCAGAAGGUGGUAGAAGUUGCUCCGGCCAUCCACCUGGACCAGCACCUCAGAGACAGGCUGACCUCUGACUCCGUCAACCUGGCUAAACAGGUGGGCUAUGAGAACGCGGGCACGGUUGAAUUCCUGGUGGAUAAGAGUGGAAAGCACUACUUCAUCGAGGUGAACUCCCGGCUGCAGGUGGAACACACGGUCACCGAGGAGAUCACAGAUGUGGACCUGGUGCACGCCCAGGUGCGGGUGUGUGAGGGGCGGAGUCUGGAGGAGCUGGGUCUGAAGCAGGAGAACAUCCGGAUCAACGGCUGUGCCAUCCAGUGCCGCGUCACCACGGAGGACCCCGCGCGCGGCUUCCAGCCCGACACGGGCCGCCUGGAGGUGUUCCGCAGCGGAGAGGGAAUGGGCAUCCGUCUGGACAGCGCGUCGGCGUUCCAGGGAGCGGUCAUUUCCCCGCACUACGACUCCCUGCUGGUCAAAGUCAUCUCCAGCGGGAAAGACCUGCCCACCGCCGCCACCAAGAUGAACCGCGCCCUGCUGGAGUUCCGCGUGCGGGGAGUGAAGACCAAUAUCCCCUUCCUGCAGAACGUCCUGACCAAUGACCAGUUCCUGUACAGCACGGUGGACACGCAGUUUAUCGACGAGAACCCGGACCUCUUCAACCUCAAACCGGUUCAGAACCGGGCCCAGAAACUCCUAAACUACCUGGGUCAUGUGAUGGUGAACGGCCCCCUCACACCAAUUCCAGUCAAAGCCAAGCCGUCCUCCGUUGACCCUGUAAUCCCCACCGUGCCUUUGGGGCAGCCCCCGAUGGGUUUCCGGGACGUUCUGGUGCGGGAGGGUCCCGAGGGAUUCGCCAAGGCCGUGCGGGCGCACCAGGGCCUCCUCCUGAUGGACACCACCUUCCGGGACGCCCACCAAUCCCUGCUGGCCACCCGUGUCCGCACGCACGACCUGAAGAAGAUCUCCCCGUUCGUGGCCCACAACUUCAGCAACCUCUACAGCCUGGAGAACUGGGGAGGUGCCACGUUUGACGUGGCCAUGCGCUUCCUGUGGGAGUGCCCGUGGCGGCGGCUGCAGGAGCUGAGGAAGCUGAUCCCCAACGUGCCCUUCCAGAUGCUUCUGCGGGGCGCCAACGCGGUGGGCUACACCAACUACCCCGACAACGUGGUCUUCAGGUUCUGUGAGGUUGCCAAGGAGAACGGCAUGGACAUCUUCCGCGUCUUUGAUUCCCUGAACUACCUGCCCAACAUGCUCCUGGGCAUGGAGGCGGGCAGUGCAGGGGGGGUGGUGGAGGCCGCCAUCUCUUACACGGGCGACGUGUCCGAUCCCAUGCGCCAGAAAUACUCGCUGGAGUACUACCUGAAGCUGGCCGACGAACUGGUGAAGGCGGGCACACACAUCCUGGCCAUUAAGGACAUGGCGGGGCUGCUGAAGCCGGAGUCGAGCCGGCAGCUGAUUGGCGCCCUGCGGGAGCGCUUCCCGGAGAUGCCGCUCCACGUGCACACGCACGACACCGCGGGCGUGGGCGUGGCGGCCAUGUUGGCGUGCGCCGAGGCGGGGGCGGACGUGGUGGACGUGGCCGUGGACUCCAUGGCCGGCAUGACCUCUCAACCCAGCAUGGGCGCCGUGGUGGCCUGCGCCAAGGGCACCCAGCUGCACACGGGCAUCUCUCUGGAGAAGGUGUUUGACUACAGCGAGUACUGGGAGGUGGCGCGGGGGCUGUACGCCCCCUUCGACUGCACGGCCACCAUGAAGUCGGGCAACUCCGACGUGUACGAGAACGAGAUCCCGGGCGGCCAGUACACCAACCUGCACUUCCAGGCCCACAGCAUGGGGCUAGGCAACAAGUUCAAGGAGGUGAAGAAGGCCUACGCUGAGGCCAACAAGCUGCUGGGUGACCUCAUCAAGGUGACCCCCUCCUCUAAGAUUGUGGGGGACCUGGCUCAGUUCAUGGUGCAGAACUCCCUGACGCGGGCGGAGGUGGAGGAGAAGGCAGACGAGCUGUCCUUCCCCCUGUCUGUGGUGGAGUUCCUGCAGGGCCACAUCGGCAUCCCCCACGGGGGCUUCCCAGAGCCCUUCAGGUCCCAGGUACUGAAGUCCCUGCCGCGGCUGGAGGGGCGCCCCGGCGCCUCCCUGGCUCCCAUGGACUUCGACGCCCUGGAGACGCAGCUGCGGCAGGCGCACAAUGAUGAUGUCACUCCCGAGGACAUGAUGUCGGCGGCCAUGUAUCCCAAGGUCUACCAGGAGUUCAAGGAGUUCAGCUCCGGAUUCGGGCCUGUGGAGUGUCUCAACACCAGGCUCUUCCUGGACGGGCCCAAAAUCGCCGAGGAGUUUCAGGUGGAGUUGGAACGUGGGAAGACCCUGCACAUCAAAGCUUUGGCCCUCGGGGACCUGACCAAGGCAGGACAGCGGGAGGUGUUCUUCGAGCUGAACGGACAGUUGCGCUCUGUCCUGGUCAAGGACACACAGGCCAUGAAGGAGAUGCACUUCCACCCCAAGGCGCUGAAGGACGUGCGGGGCCAGGUGGGCGCCCCCAUGCCGGGGAAGGUGGUGGAGGUGAAGGUGAAGCAGGGCGACCGGGUGGAGAAGGGCCAGCCGCUGUGCGUGCUCAGCGCCAUGAAGAUGGAGACGGUGGUCAACUCGCCCGUCUCCGGCACCGUCACCAAGGUCCACGUGACCUCGGAGAGCAGCCUGGAGGGCGAUGACCUCAUCCUGGAGAUCAGCGAGGGCGAGUAGGGCCCGGAGAGACGCCCGCCUGCGUCAGGACCCGCGGCGUAGGAUUACCAGAGCUCGUGUUUUCAUUAAAACGUCGGCUCCGCGUGAGUCAGUCUCGCACUGAGCGGCCAUAUUCGAUUGUUUGGUUUCUAUAAAUGUUCGCUAGAAUUUUGAGCAGAAGUGUCAAACUCGGAAGCUUCUGUAAGCUCUUCAGCUGUCUGUGAGUGCAUGCAGGACGCCUGGCUGAAUCGAACGGCAAUAUAAAUAUGCCAUCAAAUGGAAAAUGGUGUCUAAUCUAGUCAUUCUAUUUAUGUCAGAUCUGUGCGCACGGUGUACUAGUCUUUUUUGGUUUUUUUCCCUCCUAAAGCAAGCAAGCAAUUGGUCUGAAGGAGAGAACACAAUAUAUAUUUGAGAUUAAUGAGUGUAGUUUUGAAGUGAGUGAAUAAACGAGAUAGUAAUUAGCAGGGCUAAUGGGGCCGCGCAGAGGUCUCUUAAUGGUGAAUGACACAGAGCCAGCUCCACGACUACAGCCUUCAUCUGUCGGCUGCUCCGCGCCGGGCCACAGGCUGGCUUCCGCUAAGCAGUUGCUUAUUUCUUGACAUUUAGUUGUUUUUUGUCUCACCAUAUGUGCACAUUGUGUUGCUGUAUCCUCACGGGGUGACUGCUCACAUCUUCUGAGGGAAAAUAAUCUUUUUCUCUUUUCCGCCCGUUCGGUUUCUGCACGGCGGAAAGCGAUGUCACUGUUUUGAUUUAAGAGAAAGCGGCGAUCUCAUUUCGCUGUCACAUUCCUGGAGUAGAUAAUGGCCUGAAAUGCCUAGAAUAACAUAACUCAGGUAAUUGUUGUCAUAGUAACAUCAUCUUGAAUAUUUACGCAAAGCAAUAAUUUAAUCUAAGCGCGGUUCGGUAUUUAAAGCUUUAUUGUACUGUAGUCUGGGUGACUGACGCGUAACUGGGAGCUGGAAUAUCGCUUGAAUCUCAUUCACCAUGGCCAUUGUUCUGCCAUGCUGACUUCAGAUUUUAUUUUUGUUUCAGGUAUUUGACUUCUGGAUAAAAAUGUAAAAAAAAAUGCUGGGGCUUUACUUUCUUUCCAUCCAUCUGUCUACCCUUCUCUCCUCCUCCCCUAUUCCCAGUGCAGUCAACACAUUUGAUCUGAGCUGACAAUGCUCCCUCUUAUAAAGAAGUAUGCACAAUCCCAGCCAUUUAUAGUUCUUCAGACAAUUUCAUUUUAUUUAAAAACAAAAGCUUAAUAUCUUAACAUUUUCUGAGACUAUUUAUUAAGCAGGUGGUCCAAAUUGGGUUUUUUUACAAUCACAAUAUAAUAUUGAGGUUUUUUUCUUGUUCAUUGAGUUGGAAUAAUUGCCAACAGCUAUGUUUGCUAAUUGCCUUGUAAGAGCCAGCACAACUAUUGUAUUUGUAGGUGAGUAAAUCAAAUAUACAUAGAUGUUUCAUCAAUGAUGAACGUAUUUUAACAUUCCAUUAUAUGCAAUUGUAGAGGCAGUACGCAGGGGAUUCAAGCUCUACUAGUAUGGGGUGAAUUGGUGAACUCGGUUACCAUGUUGCCAAAUACCAGUAUACUCUGAAGAAUGCAAACUGAGGUCCAAGUGUCCCUAAAUAAUUGUUCCACUUUUAAAAUAUCUUAA